AUGCAUGGUCCACGCCUUGUCAAUCUGCAUCUGUCUCGUGCAUCGAAGAUCAAUCCAUGGAUCAUAAUUAAGACUUACCAUCCUCAAAAAGAGCAACUUUUCUUUGUUGAACUGUCUGAUCGUCAUGACGAUGAACACACAUUGAGAGAGAUUCACAUUCCCUUUACAACAUCCAUAGGCAAAUUUCGAGUAGUAGACUCAUGUAACGGUUUGCUAUGUCUAUUUGGUGUCAUACGUCUACCGAAACAGAAUGGUUUUUACAAGCUGAAUAAUUCAGCUGCAUACAGUCCUGGUCUGGAGAAGGCUUCAGUUUUUGUUUGCAAUGAACUAUUGCAAGAAAGAAAAGAGAUAAAUGGCUGCUAUUUGGAGUACAACUUAAAUUCUCCAGUUCUGAAUUUACUUCGUUCCAUGGAGUCCAAUCAUGCAAAGGAAGAGAAACUGGAAGAUGAGACGAGAAAUCUGAUAGCUCGUCUUCCAGAGGAAAUAGCACUUGACAUAGUUUCAAGGCUUCCUAUUUCGUCUCUCAUUCAGUUCAGGUUUGUAUGCCAAACCUGGAACAUGUUGACCUGUGAUUCCCGCCUUGUUGAUAUGAAUCUAUCCAGUGCGUCGAAGAUUAACCCAUGCCUCAUCUUUAAGACUUACCAUCCUCAAAAAGAGCAGCUUUUCUUUGUUGAACUGUCUGAUCGUCAUGAUGAUGAACACACAUUGAGAGAGAUUCAGAUCCCCUUUUCGACAUCCAUGGGCAAAUUUCGAUUAGUAGACUCAUGUAACGGUCUGCUAUGUCUAUCUGGUGUCUAUGACCAUGAAGAAGCAUACAUAUACAAUCCUUUCACCAGAGAACACAAAAAGCUGCCAAAUUGUAAUGAGCUUGAUGUGAAUGAAGUGGUUUAUGGUUUUGGAUUUCAUCCGACUAAUAAUGAGUACAAGGUGAUCAAAAUAUGCUACUAUCCUCAUGUCUAUUAUGUACCUUGGUGUUUUCACAAGUCUGUAAAAUAUGAUUAUCCACUCUCAGAAGUUCACUUGUUUAGUCUGAAAAGCAAUACUUGGAGAAAUUUAGAGGAAUUACCUUACAAGCUUCAUCAUUCUCCCGGGGUUUUAGUCGAUGGAAGGCUCCACUGGGUGACUAGAUUUAACUUCCACCUUGAUCGCCUUAUCGUUGCCUUUGACCUAUCUAAUGAUACAUUUCAAGAGGUACCAAGGCCUGAUUUCACUGUCAACUUAUUACAUUGGAGAUAUCAUCUGGCUGCCCUAAGAGGCUGCCUAUCAGCAUGUUUAUUCAGCUCUAAUGGCGAGAACUUGGAAAUAUGGAUCAUGGAAGAAUAUAACAAGAAAGAUUCUUGGGUGCACAAGUUCAAUAUUGGAGAUUCUUCAAUUGUGAGUCGAGAUUUGCCUGAGUCAUGUGACAUUUGGAGGACUAAUUUGCAAAUGGGAACUGUUACAGUGAUGUGUCUACUCAAUAAUGGUGAUAUCUUGCUAGAUUGUCAAGGUGGGAUUUUGAUUGCCUAUAGUACAGACAAAAAAAUGUUGAAGAUCAUAAGCCUUUCUGGUAUGCCCGAGUCGUGUAAAACAAUUGCUCAUGUAGGAAGCCUUAAUUGGAUAUCUCAUUUAGCUUGA